ACAGAUUUUGGAAAACUUCUUGUUUUACUUUUUGAUGGAAACCGGAAUCCAACAAAAAAAGGCCAGAAAAUGGACAGCAUGCAUGGUUUAGUUCUGGUACUUCUAAUGGUAUUAUGGAUUUUGGCAGCUAAGUACGUAGCAGCAAGAGGUAUUACACAAACAUUGAUGUGGAAAUCUGAUGGAAUUAAUGCAAUGAAUAAACGUCAAGAUUUUUUUUUACCAGAUGAUCUCAAAAGCAUUUAUCGAAUUCACUCUUUACUCAAAACUAACUUAGAGGAUAUAUAUUUUGCCGAUAGUUUAAACAACUAUGGAUGUUGGUGUGCACAAAACGGAACUAGCAAGCCUGUUGACGAAUUAGACAGAUGCUGUUUAGAGCACCAGAUGUGUUUCAAAAAAAUAUUGUUAAAAGGUUGUCCAGUGUCAUCUAGAUAUUACUCCUAUGAACAGUGUUUUGACUCAAAUAUUAAAUGCACUAAUAGGGAUAAAUGCAAAUAUAACUUCUGCAUGUGUGAUAUCGAGGCAGCAGACUGUUUGUCAAAUAGGAAACUUCAAUAUAAUCAACGAUGGAAAGACGGAAAUAAAGCUUAUUGUAUCAAAUAUGAAUGAACGAACAACUAAAUCAAACAAUGAAAAGAUAAUGCUUACUAAUUCUGGUGCUCUUUGG